GCAGUUGGCAUCCGUCGCGUGUCGCGUUGCUCACUUCAGAGUUUAGUAUAGUUCCGCCCGUCGCGCAGUGCUAACGUUGUCACGGUGUAUUACCAGUUAUCACAAAAGUGUUCAAGGCACAAUUUCGUCACGCCACUCGGUUGCGAAAGUCUGCGCGAUGAUAUACAAGUGAGAGCUAACCGACGCAGGGUAACGCUCAUCGAACGGUGAGCCACUUUAUUAGACAAGAAGACAUUCGAAACUACACGUCUGAGAGGCGAGGGGCGCACGACGCCGUCGGUUCGUACACGCGGGAUCAACGUUCCUAACACAUUUACUGCAAGCAGGCCACGAAAAGCAAUUUUUAAUGUGUCAAGUCAGAAUAGCUUACUGCUGCUACGUCAGAUCGCAGAACGCCUCGAGUAGGAAUUACAAGGUUAUGCAAAUGAGUUCUGAACGCUUUUACACCAGGGGUAAUCAAAAGACCAUUCACAAUUUCAAUAAACUUUAACGUAUAUACCCAUACGGUGUUUCUUAGUGCUUAUCUGUUCGUAUCCUAUUCUCUUUAUCGUACCGUGUCACGAUCGCUAAUUGCUAAUUACUGUGCAUUCGUGUGAUAAGACGAGGGAGGUGUGAUCGACUGUUCAAUGAGUUCGGAUCAGCGAAGAGGUUCGACUAUGGCGGCUCCUCAAGAGGAAACCCUGCUGGCGCGCUGCGAGAUACCCAUAAUUGACCUGGCGCAUAUAGGUACGGAUGUAUGUCCUAUGAAAUCAGUGGUCAGACGAAUCGGGCAGCAACUAUUCGCCGCGCUCAGUACUAAAGGAUUGGCAAUGCUUGUGAAUCAUGGAAUUGCUGAGGAAAAGUUGAAGGCUGUAUAUGCGGAUCUGGAUAACUUCUGCGCCCUCCCGGAAGGAUGUCAGGCUCAGUACCUCCGGAACCCGGUCAACAAACACGGCUACGUCCGACCUGGAACGGAACAAUUCGAUACUACUAAAAAGGAGUUGCGUCACUCGUUCAACAUCACGACCCUGUCUGCUGCCGCGAUGCCCGCCCAGGAGGAGGUGCCUGAGUUCACGACCCACACCUUCCCACUGGCUCACGACCUCACCAACCUCUCCAGAGUACUCUUGCAAGCCUUGGCGUACGCUUUUGGUCUUCCGCCAGCCACUCUCCUCGCGUGUCAUGCCGGUAUGCUGCAGAGUGAUGGAUGCAACCCAUCUUGCAUGCAGCUGCUUUACUAUCCCCCCGUCCCCCCGGAAGACAAGGGACCGUGCUGUCAAGACGCUGUGGCCUACACCCGCUGUGGAGCCCACUGCGAUCGAUGUACUUUUACUUUGGUUGCGCAGGACUCCGAAGGCGGACUUGAAGUGAAGUUGAAUGGAAGUGAUAAGUGGCAGGCUGUUGGUCAUCUCCCGGGAGCAAUACUAGUUCAGACUGGUGAACUGCUAGCUUCCUGGACUACCAACCUCUUGCCAGCUCUUAUGCACCGCGUGGUCGUUCCGUCGGGCACGUACGCACGCGCUCGCGGCCGCCAUUGCGUCGCGUUCUUCUGUCACCCCGACGAGGACGCCGCCAUCCCCCCGCUGGCGGCGCGGCCCCCCGCGCCCGCGCCCCCCGCCCUCGCCCCGCACCUCACGCUGCACCACAGACUGCUCAACGCCGCUCACCACAUCCAGAAACGCUUCCGGGAGACGUACGCGUGACUAGCGCGCUCUAGUGGCAAAAGAUCGCGAAAAACUAUUGGCUGAUUUACGCGGCGGUGUGGCCGAUUUUAAACGAUUUCUAUGCAUACAAUACUUAUAACCGAAGUUCAGAAUUAUUGACGAGUAAAUUUAUUACGUACGAUAUCCGUUAGACAGGUAUGGCUAUUAUUUUUGGCUGCAUUUAGUGCUCGACCGACGGUCAGCGCUAACUAUGAAAUGUAUGAACGCAUUCAUUCCGGCGCUGAUGAAUUGCUGACGAGGAUCGUCGAUGGACCUCGUCGGUCCGCUGACGCGCUAUAGCGAUAUAUCAGUGCGACGCUGACCGAGCGACUGACCGUCCGCACGUGUGUAACAUCAUAAACAAAAAUUCGUGUUCGGGCAAUUUCGAAUAUAUUGUAUAAAUUUCUCCUCCAAUUUGACGCUCUAUAAUAAUUGAGUAAAAAUGAUAUUAUCUUCUCCGUCAUUUAUUCCGUAAUCGUUUGCGAAAGUAGUACACACAUAAUAUAUUUUAUUUAAAUCCUCUAUUAAAGAUUCAGAAACAGUUAGCUUAUUACCAACAUUAUAACACCCAAUAUUCUAAUAACCAUUACAUCAUCCAAAAGAGUGUUGUACUGAAUUUCAUAACAACACUCCUAUGUUUUUUUUAUCCCCUCACGCGCAAAGAGUUUCAACAUACAGCCACAUUCUUAUUGCUCGAUGCGUGGUAUCUGUAUGAAUUUCAAAAAAAGUACAUUUUCGUAUACACGCGUUCCACACUCCCAGAACAUCGCGCGCUGUAAAAAAAAGUACGUUAUUCAAAUCCCCGCCAUUUUUCUUCGAUAUUUUUAUUGUUUUGUUUACAAAAAAUAAGCGAUUCAUUUUAAACGUUGCAAAAGAACAUUAUAUUCGAGUGAAUUUUAAUUAUAGCACUAAACAAAAGGAAAAUACUACCAAAAUAUAUAAUUGUUUCAUUAAUACUUAGUUUAUAUGUAUAUAAUCUGUAAUUAAUGAUAUUAGGUUACUACUACGACUGGUGUUUAAUGUUAGCAGUAAGCUAACUGUUCCAGAAUCUUUUAGAGGAUUCAUAUUCUGGGUGUAGAUAAAGUCUUGUAUGCAACUGUUGAUAAUUAGGUAUUAAAACACUCGUGUGAUAAUAUUAUCACAUUCGUGUUUUAAUACCCCUUAUUACACAACAGUUGCAUAAAUAACUAUAAAAUGGAUUCAUUUUUCUUCGCAAUUGUACACGCGCAAGUUUGCUGUCAGCUGAGCAACUAAAUGCAGCCUUAAGGUUCACAUAUUAUUGUUUGUAAUUUUUAUUGAAAUAGUGUUAAAAAAUUACACAGGAUGUAAGUAAUAUUAAGUAAUAAGUUUUACUCAAAAAGCUUAAGGGGGCUUUUAUCUUGUAAUAUUGGUCAAUAAUGGAUUUUGUUUUGAACUGUAGCCUCUUUGGCAACGCUUAAUAAAACUGUGAAUAUUGACAUUAUUUUUUGUUUGCACACUUCAUUAAAACUUGUUGUGGGCAUUAUACAGUUUGCAGAAUUCUAGGUCUCUUGUUUAAAACAUGGUACAGUUUCACUGGAAUGCAAUAUCUACUUAAUUCAUAAUAAUUGUAAAAUUCACAUAUCUGAGUCAUCAUAUGAUUUUUUUCUCUUGGUAACAAUUUUUUAAACAUUUGAACUUACAGAAAAAGCCUCCAUACCUAUAUCAUUUAUAAACUAUUCGUAUAAAUAAAAAGGAAAUAAUUGGUAUGCCUGACUAAUUUAUAUCUUAUUCAUUUCUUUGAUGAUUAUUAAUCGAUUAUAGUUCUUACUUAACGUAAAGUUGCAUUAUAUUAGCAUUUUCGUACGGAUACCUCAUUUAUAAUUUGAGUAUUUAUUAGAUUUAAUAAGUUUGAAGCGAGUUUUGUCCACUAUUGCGUUGUAAAGGAUUGCAGUCCAGAUUUUUGUUGCCUCGGUAUUAUUCACGUACUUACUAUACGUAAAGUAUUUUAUAGCGUAGGUACAUAGAUUAAGGUUUAUUUUAUUGAUUUUUAUAAGAGCUCUUAUUUGAUUGAUUUUCUAAUUAUUCACAGCACAAUGGCCGUUAAAACGUGAAUGGUUACUGCAAAAGAAGUUCUCCGGUUAGAAACCUAGAUAAUUUAUAUAUAUAGAUAUCUAUGACAGCUGUGAAAACGUCGAAAAAAAUUUAGUUUUGAAGUAACCUCUAUUUUGAGCAAACAAGCACAAAGUGUCACAAAAAUCGCGUGUGUAAGACGUAGCUUGUCACGCACACUAAAGUAAUAAACCUAGCUUGUUUUUAUCGGUUGUCUAACAGCAAAAGACUAUCUAGACGAAUAAAUUAUUUAUGGUAUAAACGUGAAAAAAUAGCUGCUAUUUUUAAAACGAUUUCUACUGGCGCGUUUCGGUAUAAUCCAAUAGACAUCUUGCCGAAACAAUUAUUUUAAGCGAAGUUUAUCAUUCCCAAUUGAUAAGGCUUAUUUAGUUCAUAUCUACAGUUGAUUGGUGUAUGUAAUUUUUAUAUUUAGAGCUUUUCAAUGUCAUUUUUUCUUAAGGAGUUAUUUUAAUUAGCAAUUAGCGGUGUGAUGACACAUAUCCUAUUGUUUUUCUGUUAAAUAUUAUAUUAUAUAGCCUUGUGUUCUCGCUUCUGCAUUUCUUAUAUUAAGUCGUACUUAAAAUGUUUUUAUUUUACAUUUAUCUGUAUACAUCGUGUGAUUAUAUUAAUAUUAGCUCAAUUUUUUCUAUAUACCUUAGUAUUGACUGAAAAAAUUGAAAUUAAAAAUUAUAGAUACUUAAUUUUUCAGACACAGUUUUAUAAAUAAUAUAUAAGUGAAGUAUGAUUCACGACCAAGUGCCUUGUUUUGUUGAAAUUUUGACUACACAAAUUUAUUUGGUUUUACUUUAAUAAACAUUUUCAUGACCUAACAACAAAUUUGGUUCGACAGUUUCUUUUAGCUAUUUGACAAAAAUAGCUUCCUUAAGCGGGGUUUUCACUAUCCAACUACAUUCAGACUCGUGCCUACUCGUAUAAUGUAAACGCGCACUCUGAAGAGGGCUUGAAAUCCAAGUGCGCGUGCGCGCGCGAGAAAACAAAAUGGCGUCAUUUAUGAAUAAGUGGAUUAAAAGAUUGGCUCGCACAGGACCUCUAAUAGGUCUGUCUUCUGUAUUUUUGGUUAGUUAAAUUUUGUUGCUAUAGUUUUUAGUUAAAUUUAAUUAAUAUAAAAUCUUAUGCCUCUCGCAGCAAGAAAUCAGUUGCUGUCACAUUGAUUGUGUAAAGACAAGCGCUUUCGCACUACGUCUGAUCUGAAUCGUAGAACUAUUUCUAUGGUAGUUUACGCACUAGAUCUGGCUUCCGUCAUCCGAUUUCAUUCCGUCAACCGUAAGAAAUGUUUUCACGGACUACACGUGUUUUUACGGACACGGAUCGGACGUAGUGCGACAGCGCUCUAAUUCGGUUGUGUAUAAAGCGGAAUUUAAUUUGUACUCCGUGAAAGUUAAAAUGCAUUCGAUUCGAGUCUCCGCGGAUAGUGAAAACUCGCUUUAACGUUGUAAUAUUAUUGGAAGUAGAUUUAAUCUGAUUCAUAGAAUUGUGUUUUAGUUGAUUUUUAUUAUUUUACGUUACAACUGUCAUUAUGUUUUUUGAUGGCGGGCUACUGCAUAGUAUUAAAUAUUAAAUAGCUAAAAUAAAGAGUUAUAUAUAACAUAUCGUAUUAUUUUAUUUCUCUUAAGAAUACACUGCCAGACGUACUUAAAAGAAUUUAUGACCGUAUUAAAUAUAUUAAUUAAAUGUUUGAAUUAAUCUGGCGAUUAAUCUAACUCAGAUCAAAACAAGCUAAUAGAUGAAUAAUCCAACUUUAGCUCAACUUUCGUUAAUCGCCAAUUUAUAUAUUAUAAUUAUACGCAAAAUGUUAUAUUAAUUAGUUAUUUAAGUAGUCAAUUGACUUUUUAUAACUUAAUACAGCGUACCAAAUUGACAUUUGUUGGAAGAAAAAACUUUACGAAAUUGUAUUAUUUUUGUCCCUGUUUCGUACUUAUGUUGUGGAUAUUUGUCUUUUUUUUUAAAUAAAACUUAAUAAAGGCCCAA